AUGCAGAGCGGAUCCAAGUCAUUGUCCUCGCUCGCUACGAACGGAGCUGAGCGUAGCACCAGCAGCACAGCAGUUCACGUCGAAGUACGCUUACGUCCCGCCUCUAUGUCUAGCGAUGAGCAGGUGCGACUUGAAGUGAUCUCGUUGCUGACGACUCGGCUGACAACAUUACAAGGCGAGACCGAGCUGAGUGAUUGGACUAGCUCGCCCUUCCUCGCUACCAACGUGGACAGGAUACGGAUUGCCGAGCUCGCCCCAUCGUCCACAUCGUCCGCUACAGCGUCGGUCUCAAUCUCAGAUGCUUCAAUUCAAGUUCAUGUAUAUCAACCGCCCUCCUCGGACAUCAUCGACGAGUUUUCCGCCGCAGACCCAAACGCCGAUGAUCCAGACGAUACCACGGCAGCCUCGGUCUCUGAGCUACCCAAUCGCACACUAGACGGUGUCUGGGACACUCUCAUCUACCCCGACAACAUCAAAGCUAAACUGCUCAACUACAUCUACACCACCCUUCUCUUCUCGGACGCUGCAGUCGAUUUCAACCUGGUCUCUUGGAACCGCGUCGUCUUGCUCCACGGUCCGCCUGGAACGGGCAAAACCUCAUUGUGCAAGGCACUUGCCCAGAAACUCGCCAUUCGUCUCUCGCAUCGAUACUCGCACGGAAAAUUGGUCGAGAUCAAUUCGCAUUCGUUGUUCAGCAAAUGGUUCUCCGAGUCCGGUAAAUUGGUCCAAAGGCUGUUCAGCAUGAUUACCGAGAUGGUAGAGGACGACGAUGCAUUUGUGGUGGUUUUGAUUGACGAAGUCGAGUCGUUAACCGCGGCAAGAAGCGCUGCUGCUCAGGGUAGUGAACCUACAGACUCGAUACGUGUUGUCAAUGCCUUGUUGACGCAGUUGGACAAGUUGAAACAUCGGAAAAACGUGUUGAUCAUGACAACCUCGAACAUGACCGAGUCUAUCGAUACGGCGUUCAUCGACCGAGCCGACAUCAAGCAGUAUGUGGGACUGCCACCGGCAGAAGCGAUCUAUUGGAUUUUGGAGAGUUGUCUAACUGAGUUGAUGAGGGUAGGAUUGGUGGCCAAGAUGACGUUGCCGACUUUUCACGCGAUCGUCAGCGAGCAGGGUGCAAAGAAAGCGGAUCACGACGAGGUGCAGAUGGUAAGCGCAGGAAACAGAGCAGGCUGGAAAUUGCUGCAACUCGCCCAGAGCUGCCAAGGGUUGUCGGGCAGGUCGUUGAGACGGCUGCCCGUGCUUGCACAUGCGCAUCACAUCGGCACAGCACAUGCGCCUGUCGAUUGCGAGGUGUGGCUCGAAGCGAUGGCCAAAGCGGUGCAAGAAACCAGUAGGGAAGGUGGUUCUUCCGACAUCAAGGAGCUGUAA